CUCUUUGCGCGGCUCCCCCCGCCGCGGCUGCGUGUGGCAGCCCGGAAAAGGCGGCCUUCUCCCGUGCAGCACAUAGCCGUGCAGCACUGUGUAGCGGGAAGGCCGUGCCGUGCCGUGCCGUGGACGGCGGGAGGCUCCCCGGUCCGCCGCUACCCCACCGCCCCGUCCCCCGAUAGGGCAGGGCAGAGCAGCCCGGGGCGGCGCUUUCCGCGGUGCGGGGAGAAGCGAAGGGCAGAGGCGUUUGCCGAGAGCGGGGUGAGCGGCCGCUGCAGAGCCGGCCCCGGCCCCGGCCCCGCUUCCCGUCCCACAGCGCGCGUUGUGCUGCCGCGCUUCCCAGCGCCCCGCCGUGCUUCUCCGCACGGCCUCUGGCCCCUCUCACGCGUGCUGGUGCCGCUUACCUCUGUCCGUGGGGAGGGACGUUCACCGGGUCCUUUCUGCAUCCCCGGUGCUCGGGAAACCGGGAAGGACGUCGCCAGCGAGAGGUCUGGGGAAGGUGGAGGAUGAGAUUUGGGUCCCUCCUGGCACAGGCUGGCUGUAACAGCGAGGGCUUUGGAAACUGAGCUACUGCCACUGUCGUGGGCCAGAGCUUGCUUGCUUUUUGGAGUGAGACUGUAUGUCAGUGCUGCCUUGGAUGGUUAACAAGAAAAGCCAAACGCUAAUUCAUGCGUCUCUCAGCUUCCUUUUAACAUAGGGAACAACCUGUCUUAUCUUGCUUGCUCACCUGACCAUUGAUCAGAAAGUCUGCCGUACACUCGGUCACAGGAGGAGAGAGAUCUGCACUCAGGAGGGACUCUGAAGACGACAAAUUUCCAGCUACUUUUGCCACUGCAGUCUCUGUAAAGCUCCUGUAUUAUUCAGUGCUCCUGGGUCUACCCCUUAUUUCCCAAGAUGCUGAGAAGAGUCCUGUGUACAGUGUUGUUCAUGGGAGCCUUGCCAUCACUUGCUGAAGUGUCCCAGGGCCACAUCUCAGUGGUCUUGCUGGGAGCCACCGGUGAUUUGGCCAAGAAGUACUUGUGGCAGGGUCUAUUCCAACUCUACAUGGACCAAGUGAGCAGUGGCCACAGCUUCACUUUCCAUGGGGCUGCACUGACAGCUCUGGAGCCAGGGCAGAGGUUGAUGUUUGAUGUGCUGAAGAACCUGGCCUGUCCCCCAGAUGAAUCUCCCAACAGAUGUGCUGUGCUCAAGGACCAAUUCCUGAAGCUGAGCCAAUACCACCAGCUGAAGACUGCCGAAAACUACACUGUGCUGAACAGAGAGAUUGAGACGCUGCUUCGCCAGGAGGGGCUCAAGGAGGCUGGAAGGAUCUUCUACUUCUCAGUACCACCAUUUGCCUACACGGAGAUUGCCCGCCACAUCAACAGCAGCUGCAGGCCGCCUCCAGGAGCCUGGUUGCGUGUGGUGUUGGAGAAACCUUUUGGCCAUGACCUGGAGUCAGCCCAGCAGCUGGCUGCAGAGCUGACAAGCUUCUUCAGGGAAGAGGAGAUGUACCGGGUGGACCACUACCUUGGCAAACAGGCUGUAGCCCAUAUCCUGCCUUUUCGAGAUCAGAACCGACAGUUUCUGGAUCCAAUUUGGAACCGACAUCAUGUGGAAAGAGUGGAGAUUGUCUUGAAAGAGACUGUGGAUGCUAAAGGUCGCACCAGCUUCUACGAGCAAUACGGAGUCAUCCGGGAUGUGCUGCAGAACCACCUCACGGAGGCCCUGAUGUUCCUGACCAUGGAGCUCCCAGCCAACGUGAGCAAGGCUGAAGAGGUUUUGCAGUGCAAACUGCAGGCCUUCCAGUCCUUGCGGGGCCUGGAGAAAAACAGUGCCGUGUUGGGUCAGUAUCAGGCGUAUGCCAGCCAAGUACAGGAGGAACUGCAGAAGGCACAAGACUACAUCAGCACAACACCAACUUUUGCAGGUGUGCUGAUUCACAGUGACAGCCUGCGUUGGGAAGGGGUCCCUUUCCUCCUCACUUCUGGGAAAGCUCUGGAUGAACGGGUAGGUUAUGUCCGUGUUCUCUUCAAGAACCGGGCCUACUGCACUCAGAGUGAGACUCUGCGGGAUGGAGGGCACAGCCAGUGUAAAGCCAAGCAGAUCAUCUUCUACAUUGGGCAUGGUGCACUCAACACCCCUGCAGUGCUUGUGAGCAGGAACCUUUUCAGGCCUGUCAUGCCAGAAGGCAGUUGGAGAGAAGCAGCAGGCCCGUCCGACUUGCACAUUUUUGGACAGCCAUUGUCUGAUUACUAUGUGUACAGCCCUGUGAAGGAGAGAGAUGCGUAUUCUGUCCUCAUCUCCAACAUCUACCAUGGCAGGAAGGACUUCUUCAUUACCACUGAGAACCUGCUGGCCUCCUGGGGAUUCUGGACACCACUGCUGAAGAGCAUUUCCCACCAGCCCCUGCGCCUCUACCCUGGAGGCACAGAGAACCAGCACCUCUUAGACUUUGAAAUGGUGAGUGGGGAAGUGGCAUUCACACUGGCAGAGCCGGUGGAACUGCUGAACCCCAGCAGGCUGAUGCCAAGUGAUUAUAGGUCAAUCCAGUCCAAAUUUCGGCAAAAUCCCCUGGUCUCAGCAUGGUCUGAGGACCUGAUUUCCCAGCUGGCUUCUGACAUCGAGGAGACAGCAAGCAGGACUGUGGCACGCUCUGGGCAGUUCCACCUGGCCCUCUCAGGUGGCUCAAGCCCAGUGGUCCUAUUCCAGCGGCUGGCAAGACACCAUUAUGCCUUCCCCUGGAAGCACACCCACAUCUGGCUGGUAGAUGAACGCUGUGUUCCUCUCACCGACACUGAGUCCAACUUCUUCAGCUUGCACAGCCACCUCCUCCAGAGUGUCAGGGUGCCCUACUUCAAUGUCCACCCCAUGCCUGUGCACCUGAACCAGCGGCUCUGUGUGGAAGAGGACGGAGGCACGGAGCUGUAUGCCAAGGAGAUCAUGGCCCUGGUGGCCAAUGCCAGCUUUGACCUGGUGCUGCUGGGGGUGGGCGUUGAUGGGCACACUGCCUCGCUCUUCCCCCGAUCUGAAAAUGGCUUGGAAGGGGCUCAGGCUGUGGUGCUGACCGAAAGCCCUGUCAAACCUCACCAAAGGAUGAGCCUUAGCCUACCCCUCAUCAACAAGGCCAGGCAGGUGUUUGUCCUGGUUCUGGGGAAGGGUAAGCACGACAUCACCACCCUGCUCAGCAGGGUGGGCCGUGAGCCAAGGAAAUGGCCUAUCUCGGGUGUCAGCCCCAGCUCUGGCCAGCUGGUGUGGUAUGUGGAUUAUGAAGCUCUGCUUGGGUGAUGCCUUCACAGUGUCCCUCCUCCCUUGUCUGCGUGGCCCUUACAGCCUGGAUUUUCCUACACAAUGUCCAUGUUUUUCUGUUGCCAGCAGCAGCUUCAUCUCUGACAGGCUCCUCUAACCUUCUGGGAAAUCCGUGGCCUGCAGUGCCUCUGACAUUUGAGCCCGGAAAGGAGCUCAGCUCAGUGUUCAGAGCCAAGUAGGAGCCAAGAGCCCAGUGCAGCAAUUCUGGCUCUGCUAGGGAUUCAGACUGUGACUUUGGACAAAUUACCUCACCUUGAAGUGCCUCGGUUUUCCCUGUCAGGCCUUUGUGGUUAUUAGCAUUUAACUACCUCGCAGGCGCUACAGGAGACUUUUAAAAUUAAGUACCUGCCAAUUUUAUUUUUUUUUUUUUUUAAUUCUCAGGCUAGAAGACAGUAAUAACAUGUUCAUCCUCUGCCCUGCUCAGUCUGGCUGGGACAGAGUCAUUGUCUCGGUGAACGACAGAAAACGACAGUUGUGUGCACGUGGGUCUGUGGUCCUGUAUCUGCAGCCCAUCUCGGUGUCAGGCAGCCACAGACUGUGGCUGUGCUCCCCUGGAAGCACAGGCGCCCGUUUGCUUUUGUGGCAUGUGGCCCCUAAAUGCUGACACUGAUUUGUGAGCUCGCUGCAGUCCUGAGUCUUUGCAAAUUGCCCAGCAGCAGAGGUUGAGCUUAUAAGCAGUAAUUUGCUGCUUUCGUGAAGUGGAUAGGUGAUACCAUGGGGGAUGGAGAAGGAAGACACAUUGCUUUUUAGGGUCUUAGAGCAGUGGGGACAGAGUGAGGAAUAUGGCAGUUCACAGAGCCGUUACUUGCCUGCAGUGCAGUAAUUAUUGAGGGAAAAGCUUGGUGUUCACAGAAGUUGUUUGGGUCUAGCUAGCAAAGAAAUGUUUUCUUUAACCAUCUUUUUCUGUCUUAUUUUCUGAAGUGAACUUUUCUCUGUCCUCAGAAUUGACACUUGCAGUGUCGUUCAGUGGCUUAUCAAAUUUCUACAGGAGGCAGCUUUAUAACUAUCAACAUAUCCGUCAUUACAGCACACAUUAAGGUAGUUACAGUGUUUGCAGAUGGCGGUGGUGGAGUUUGAACUCAGGGACACUGACUUAUAAGGGGACGGAAUUUUCUCUGUACAUAUCUCUUGGGCACACGGAACUAGAAAAUUACAUCUCUGUGUUGUCAGGAUGACAUUAAGUGGUUAUAGAAAUGUAUAGUGCUGUUGGUCACAUGAAGGGUUGGAGACAUCUAGUCCUGCCUACAGACCCCACUCUGCCCUUCCUAACUUUCACCUUCCCAGAACGCUGCCACGCACAACGGGUGUCUCUCUGCUUUCAUGAUAUCCCCAAAUGCUCCGUGAUCUUCUCUAAUGCGUAAUUUACCCCAGCACACCAGAGUGCAGCUUUUGGUAAGGAAAUCAAGGCAGUGCAAGAUGGGAAAAUCUGGGCUGAUGGUCCAUGUAGAGGCUGGGGACAAACUCCCUCACCCAGGGUGGCACCGGGAUGGGACAGACCCACUGCAGGAGGAUUCCGUGGAGGAGCAGAGGCCACUUUCAAGGGGAUUUCCCUCUUCUUCCUGUGAAUGCUGGCCUUGUUUCCACAGAGAAGUAGCUGUGUGUGGGUGACCGGGUGGAGAUGGCAGGGUCUGAGGUGACCCAGGGACUGAGGGCUCCGCAGGGACCCUGAUGCUGACAGGAGAUGGCGCCCCGACCCCGAGCAGCAGCAGCAAGUUGCGUGCUGUUCCUUCAGGGCUGGUCUGCGGCUGGGCCACCCUUCACAGCCCUGGAGCCUCACCAGGGAAAAGCAGGAUCCUGGGGAGCUGGACCUGGGAGUCUGGUGACCCCUUAGGGACCUGAAAGUCUGCAGUAAAGGGAGGGAAGGGAGGAGACUUUGCUUUAGAAAGCUUCAAAUCCUUCCCUGCACAGGAGUCUGCUGAAUCCUAGUGGUGAAGAUGCAAAUCCGGGUAUAAAUAGGUGCUAUGGGCUGAUAGCACACGAAGCAAGGUGGGCAGGUCCGUACAGCCUGUGCUCCCAGGCUCCCGAGUUGCUGCCUUUCAGCAUAAGGCUUCUCCUAACGCAGAAAUCAGAAUCGUUGUCCUCUGCUAAUUGCACAGAUAAAAGUGCACUGAGCAAGCUCUAGAGAGCCUGUUACUUGUCAGCAGUCCCUAGGCAAACAGAGCCAGGGAGAACAUAACCUGGCAGAAGCUAUGUGCAGCAGGAAAAGGCCAAAUUCUCAGGGACUGGCUGUGAUUUCUGGCAGACACCCUCCCCCACCUUGCAGAUGGUCCAGAAAAGCUGCAUUUUACAGGCUGUAUUGCCUAAGCUGAGCUGAGUUGCACUGAUGUGCAUCACUUUGCUUUUCCAUGGCAAAGGAGGGGACUUGUGGUGGUGUAACUUUCUCAAAAGCUCAAACGCAGAAGAGACACAAGUGCCUUAACUGGUCUGGUUUGACAGCCCGGGUGGCUGGUAAUCCGCCUUUUGUGGGUGUUUUGUUGAGUAAGUUUGCUCCUGCCUGUUUCAUGGUUACAGGCAGGCUUAACUACCAGCACAAACACCAAAGGGUGAAAAUAAAUCGCAGGGGAAGAGAGUAGCAUAGAAAAGGGGGAGGAUGGUGAGCACUGCGGGUUCCUUGCUGCAGGACUUGCUUGUCAAGUGGAUGUGCUGGUAGUGGAGCCUGGAAUGAGAGCACGCGCCUCGGAGUUAACAGGAAGAACUCUUCUGGAAUAACUCUCUUCGUAGAUGAGUGCUAGCAAGCACUGGCACCAAAAUAUACCACAGUGGCUGAAACAGCUGUGCAGAGGAAGAUGUUUUAGGUCUGGUAUGUGCAUAAAUUCAAACAUCUUUUUUCGUUUUUUAACAAAAAUAGCCAUGUUAACUUCAUUCCAGUUCUUUUGUAUGUGGUGUGAGGGAACAAGUUUUAAUGAAAAAUUCACCUAUGCGAGAAUAAAUAUAUUGUCAUGAAUGGCAGAACUUAUUACUACUUUAUAGAUGACUGUGGCAUUGGUGUUAUUUCUGCACACUUUCUUGUCAAUAUUUGGCUGGCAGGUUUUGAAAUAAGCUUUAGAGAGGUUUAUUUGCACUUUUAAACAAGCAUGUGUAUUUUUCCCAGAGAGCUGCUGUUCUUUCCAGCUGAAAAUAGGGUUAAUUUGCGAAGUCUGUAAUGGGUCACCCCAAAAUUCAUCCUAGAUUUUAUUAAAAUUCAGUAAAAGCUUACACCUGUUUUCCUCUGUGAACAUAGCUGUCUGGGUUGUUUGGGGUUUUUUUUCUUUCUUUUUUUUCUCUUUCUUUUUUUUCUUUCUUUUUUUCUCUUUCUUUUUUCUCUUUUUUUUUUUUUUGACACAGACAUUCCUGUUAAACUCUUCAAUACUUAGCAUUUGCCAAAUGAAAACCAAAUAUCUUUAAAUAUAUAAAAUUUGGGACUAGCAAGAGGGAGACUGUGGAUGGGAAGAAGGGUUAAAUGAUGAAGAAGAAUGGUAGAAAUCCACUGGGCUAUAGGCCAAGGAAGCAGCGCUAUUUUUAUUUUGUGAAAGCUAUUAAUAGGAGGUGUGCACCUACUUGAGAGCUUGUAUUAACCUUUCUUUGCAAAAACAACUCCAUGGAGUAACUUCUUAUAGUCUGUUUCUCCCAUAAGUGAUUAUUGAUACCAACUUUUUUUUUUUAAAUGGCAAGUGCAUUCCUAGAAUUCAAUGGUAUGAUUAUUUAUGUUUUACAGAAAACUAACACUGGAAGUAAUGAAUUUUUCACUUCAACUUUUGUAAAUCAAGUUGAAAAAUCUUAUUUUCCCAUGAGUAAAGUUUUGUGAUUCCUUUCAUGUUGUGUAAUUAAUAGAGAAUUAUAUUUAUAAAAAAUAAAUAGUUUUUAACAA